AUUUUCAUUCACGUUAGGGAAGGUUGUGCACACGGCCCCCACAUUCUACGGGAAACUUGAGACUAUCUUAAUUUGAUGAACUGAAUUUUGUGGUAUCCAAUACAAUGUGUUUACCGGGUGCUUCUAAACUCUGUCUAGUUUGUUUGGUGGUUUACAUUUCAUCAUGGCGCCCCAUCAUUGGAGUAAAUCCCACCCAGGAAAGUGGGCAGGAGGAAACCAUGUACAAAUCUAUUCAGUUCGAUCAUUUAGGAUCCCAUGAUCAUAACGACAUGCAAAUUCCAGAAGACCAUGAUGUCAUUCAUGCGCAAGGACAAUAUUUCUAUGAGAAGCUGAUGGAUAGAUAUGGAGAAAAUGGAAGUUUAACUCUGGAGGGACUGAAGCAGAUUUUCCAGAAUAUAGGAAUUGAUAAUUACAAAAAUUUUGCUUCUGCUCAGAGUCAACAUGAACACCAUGAGAGUCAUGAACACCAUGAGGGUCAUGAACACCACGAGGGUCAUGAACACCACGAGGGUCAUGAACACCAUGCUGACUCUAAACAUGGUAAUGAGUCUCAACAGAGAGGACUUAGUAAACGAUCAGCAAAUUCAGUGAAACAGAAACAAGUUCGCGGGAGAAGAAGUGGCAAUAACAUCUCCAAUUCCAUGUGCAUUAAAACUCCAGAGCAUCUUAUCCAAAUCUAUUCUAAAAACAAGUCGAUGGUCCUCUCUAAGCCAGACUUGUCCGAUAUUUGUGCAGGUAUUCUAGUAAUGCUGGACAGAACUUCUUGUGAGGACGAAACGGUGUCACAUGAUGAACAGAACUGUGAGGAUCACGAUCGUCAUGGUGAACAUGUGGAACCAUCAGGUGAUAGCAGCAGCUACAGUGUGGGAAAUAUUCCUCCAAGCGUAUGGGGAUACAGUACGAUGGCCAUCGUCAUCAUCAGCUUGGUGGGACUUCUGGGGGUAGCAGUCAUUCCCAUAAUGCAGAAAGUCUUCUACAACCACUUGCUCCAGUUUCUGGUGGCUUUAGCAGUAGGGGCACUCUCAGGAGAUGCUCUUCUACAUCUAUUUCCUCAUGCAUUUGCAGAGAAGAGCCACCAGCACGGACAGGAUGCUGGUCAUAUUGAAGACAACAGCACGUCAGUUCUGAAGGGACUUGUGGGGCUGCUAGCAGUCUAUUUCUUCUUCAUCAUGGAAAGGCUGGUUACUCUCUUUACAAACUCCAAGCGAAAGCAGAAAAAGAAGAAGCAUCAAGAUCACAAGGUACGGUUCACAAACAACAGUGCAACCCUUAGUCCCAGCACUCCGACAGAACCAGACUGUGGGACAACCAUGCUUCACAUUCACCCAAGUGGGAAAGCCCUGGAAAACUACGCUGUUGAGUCUCACAAAGGAGACUGCAACCUUCUGAUAGGAGACAGCAAAGAUGAACAGAACAAUGAGGACAGUAAAUUAAACGGCCACUUGGAGGAGGAUCCACAUGGUAAGGUGCUGGACUUCUCCCACGGUCAUUCCCACAGUCGUUGUAAGACUGUGCCCCACACUGUGGCUGCAAUUGCAUGGAUGGUCAUCCUUGGAGACGGGAUCCACAACUUCAGUGACGGCCUGGCCAUCGGAGCAGCAUUCUCCAACAGCAUUACGGGAGGGAUCAGCACCUCCAUAGCUGUGUUCUGUCAUGAGCUUCCACAUGAGAUAGGGGAUUUUGCGGUGCUGUUGAGAGCUGGGAUGACUGUGAAGCAAGCCAUCAUUUAUAACUGUCUGUCCUCAGUGCUGGGGUUCUGUGGCAUGCUGAUAGGUGUGCUGGUAGGAAACUUUGGCUCAGCCACUCUCUGGAUCUUUGCCUGCAUUGGUGGGGUCUUCCUCUACAUUGCAUUUGUUGACAUGUUACCAGAGUUGACUUCGUUGGGAACAAAGAAAGGAGAGAACCCUUUUUUCCAUUUAAUGUUACAGCUGUGCGGUUUCUUCGUGGGAUCUGGUAUCAUGUUUCUGAUUGCAAUAUUUGAAAGCAGGUUGAUGAACGUUUUGGAGACCUAGGCUUGUCUUGUCACUUUUACAGAUGUUGUCUGGUGCACAUUUAAUUGUCACACACUGAGUACUUUUGUAUCACAUUUUUUCACAAGUUUUUCCCAUCUGUAUUGAUAUGCCCAUUUAUAAUCUAGUUUAUGAACAAAUGCAUUUUGAAGGAAAUGAAUAUAUGUAUUCGUAUUUUUUAAAAGUCCCAUUUUUCAAUAUUUUUUUUCUAGUUUGAGGGAUCAUUUUUGUGCAAUUUGAUGAUUUUCUGUAACAAAACAUAGUCAUUGGAAGCAGGAAGGGGGGGGGGGGGGGGGGGCACAAAAACACACACACAUAAGAGAGGUAGGAGAGAGAAAAGAGAAUAAUAUUCAUAAAAAUUAUAUUUAUUAUACAUUUUAUAAUAUACACAUUUACGUAGUAAAACUUUGUAAACCAAGGAGCUUCGGAGUGAUUCAGUUGUACUUAGAAUCACUGAAUCUCUUUAGACAGACAAAAACAUCAUGCCUUAUAUCCUAAAACCAGGAACUUGCUGUAGAGUCAUCAAUGUUCAUGGAUUUCGUGGAUCACUCUUACCCAGGAAUUUAUGUGUCCUUGAACAAUUUUUUAACCCAAGUAGAGUUAUCUUUCUUAGUGACAUCAUAUCGCCUACCCACGAAAUAACAUCGCCACGAAGCAGCAAAAUUUUGCUUGCCCACAAACAUUGGCCCCCAGGAAUUAAACUGAUUCCACAGUAUGAGGUUUUCAGCCUUAGAAGACCUGCAGAACACUGAAAAGUGACAGCCAGGCAAAACAAGACCUGCAGAACACUGAAAAGUGACAGCCAGGCAAAACAAAAAUAUACUUAAGCCAGGGAUUUCUGACACCUUAAACGCCUUUUUCCCGGAUUUGGUCCUCCCCAUUUUAUUUCUGCUUCCAUUGUCUAUGCAUAUACAUGUAGUAGUGUUUUGUAGGUCACAUCUAAAUAUUGUUGACCUAUUGCGAUCUGUAUUUGUCCACCGUCAUGCAUUAGCAUUUUAACAUUUCAAUUUCUCCAAUACUACUAGGUCUGAUGAGAUCCUCUCGGGGCCCCCUGGAAAAACCCGAAAUUCUAAAGGUUUAAAGAACUAGUUUCAUCAUGUCUAAUACAGUUUCACAUCAUUUGUCUCUGAUUUUUACAAUCAUAGCAUCCAAAAAAUGUGAAAAAACAAUUUGCUUCUGAUAUUUACAAUCAUGGCAUCAAAACAACUGUGAGCAAACAAUUUUCCUGAAUUACUUAUUUGCAUAUAUGCACUAGAAAGAUUAUUAUGAUAUGAAUGAAGUUUUUCCAAGCCUGUGCUUGAUGUUUUCUACAAGAAAAAUGUUCAAAAUAUUCAUUUUAUGUCAAAAUACAAAUAUUUGUAUUUGAUGCAAAGCAUUAUGUUUAUGGUGUCAUAAUUGUAAUUUACAUCUUUUUUUUUUUUAAAUUAAUGAUAACAAAUGAGUUGCAAUGGAAUUCGUGCACAAAAUACACUGAAUUUGGAAACUAAAGGAAAAUUGUCAAUUCUGGAGGACAAAGAGAGGUUUGUUAUAUAUAGUCCUUUGGCAAAGAUCAUAUAUGGGGUAAGGGAAACAAAUUAAAUUGUUCAGGGUGUGGACCAUGCUCCUUUGGGGGAAGGAGUGUUCAAGGAUGGCGACAAAAGCUAUAAGAAUGAUACUACGAUGUGUCUAAUUGUCUGUACUUUGGCAUUUAGUAGACAAACUGCACUUAUAGCCAUGAUAAGAGAAAAGGCCUCAACCAAAAUUGUGAAAUUUAUAAUUUAUGGUCCCUGGGGGGGGGGGGGGGGGGGGGGGGCUUCAUGUAAUAAAAGUGCAUUGUUUUGUGAAAAAUGUUUUCAACUCCUUGAUAUCAAGACCUAACAAAAGAAAUUUCCAUUGUGAAAUUCUUAAAAUCUUGUUGAUUUCUUGUGAUUUAACGGUGUUAUUUAGCCAUGUUCACUAGCAGAACAGCUAAAAUCAUUUCUGUAGGCUAUAAAUCUAUAGUGUGGGGUAUUGGCAGUUCCUACUGAACACAAAGGUUAAUUAUGACCAGGCAGUGCAGGGAGGCAUUGGAUUAGUAUCAGUCUAGGUAACUGGCAGAGUUUGUAGAAAUAUUUGUUUCAAGCCAUAACUUUAAAAUGGAAAGACAGUUUGAUCUCAUUUUUGCCACAAUAGUUGCAUAAUUUUAAUGCCAUUUUCUGAAUUAGACAGAUGCAAUGUACACCAUCAAUGUGCGUCUUGUUGCAUGUGUAAUUUAGUGCUUGUAGAGUUUAAUGAAAUAUGUUUUCCCAUUCCAAAAAAAAAUUCCAUGUUCAUCUAUUGGAAUACAAAGUUUUGUUGUGUGAUAUUCAGGUGACCAUUAAGGCCCAUGUGCGUCUUGUUGCAUGUGUAAUUUAGUGCUUGUAGAGUUUAAUGAAAUAUGUUUUCCCAUUCCAAAAAAAAAAAUCCAUGUCUGAGUAUGUUACUGUAAAAUUUGUGUUCAAAUGUAUAGUCUGCCAACACUUGUACUGUACCAUCUUCAAAAUAAGGGGUACAUAUAAGAAACAUUAGCUGUCAACGAAGUAAUCAAUUAUAAAAUGUGCUUAAAAUGCUGGAAUAUGUUUGUUGAGGAAUCUCAGGAUGGAAAAAUGUGCAAUCUUUGAUCAAAUUUUACAAAAAUAUAUGCACAAUGUUUCUGCAUUGAUUUUUUUUUACUGCCAUACAAUGUUUCAGCCAUUGUUUACAUGCAUAAAUAACAGAAAUUUAGGUCAAAAUUGCAACAGAAGUUACAAGAUGUAUAAAUUUUUGGUGCAAUUUUUAAUGUAGAGCUGUGUUAGUCAGUUUGGCAGUAUCAACAAACAAGACUAGAAGAUAAUGCAACUAUAAUUAUUGAUUGUUGUGUAUGUAUUAACAAAAUUCAAAGUCCUAUUGUUAUACCUUGCAUAUAAUAUUUCAUGGAAAAUAAUCUGAUUGGUUUAUUCAGUCAUGUGACAGGAAAGACUAAGUGGUUCCCUGGAAUAAAAAUUGUGUUGGGGGGAUAUGAUUUUCCUUGGGUGAAUAAAGAUUUUUAUACCCCUUACUAUCAUGCAAUAAAUAUAUAUGUAGAUAGAUGUUGGACAGCCCUUUAGCUUCACAUAACUUAAUCAAAAUCAUUGCAAGGUCCACUCGACUUUCCCUAGACACUACUGAAUUAGCAAAGUCUUGCCAUCCUGAAAGUUAACAUCCAAAGCAUAAUUUCUUGAAGCAAAGCAAACUGAAAACCUUGGAUCACAAAGAUACUAGUCAAGAAUCUCAAAAUGACCUCGGAGUUCAUCCAUCAUGCGUCUUUCUGAUGCAAUGUCUGCACAUUUAUUUCUAUUGGCCAAUUAUAACUAUUUGCAGCAUAACAUAUCUUUCAAAUUGGUAAAAAGGAUUCAAGGUUUGCUAUAAAGCAUCAUAGUUAAGCAGCAUUCAAGUAGGUCCAGGUCAUUUGAAUGAUGACCAAUGGGGAAGGGGGUAUAUAUUGCUUAUGUCAUUGAGCAGAACCAGUUUGAUGAGCAAUAUGAGCCUUCUCUUUUUAAAGAAAUAAUCUCAACUUGUAUCCAUUGAACUUAAUAUAUUUCCCCGUCUUUUUGAUUUUCAUAGUUUUCACAGGAUCAUCUUGGUGCUCUAAUUUAUAUUCAGUGUGUUGUUGAAUGUUAGAUAUGAUACGGUGUGGAAAUGAAUCAGCAACAGAGAAUAUUGUAUUAGCCGAAUAGACUUCUGGAGUACAUGUACAUGGAAUGCAAGCUAGGAGAGCAGUAGAUGACUUACAUUGUAAUAAGACCUGUUAACCUUUUUAGGGUAUUCUUGUAUCAUUUGUACUGGAUAUAGUCAUGUUGUGUAAUGACCAGGACUUGAAUUGGGCGAUUUUUUUCCUUUCAUAUACAAUUGCUGCAGAAAGAAGCGUCUGUUUGUUGAAUAACGCAUGAUUUUGAUUUGUACAUGCAUGUUGAUAAGAAAUGUGUUUGUGAUUUGAUCUCGAUAUGGAAUACAUGUGAAAUACUAGUAUUUGUUACAGAUGUCUUUUUAAAUUUAAAUUAGAAACGUGGAAUUGCUUGAAUAUUCAUGAAUGUUGGAAUACUAGGGAUUUCAGGGAUCGGUCUGUAAUGUGGUUGGUAUGGUCAGAUACAUAUAGCAUCGUUAUACUUUGAAAUUCAUGUUAACCAGUUGAUUCUUAAUCGGUUGCGAAUAUUUAGAACGUACAAUGAAUAAACGAUCAAUAUUAUUUCAAUUGAUGGAAAUGGAAAAUUCUGUCCGAGAGCCUGUAGACAGGAAUUGCGAUACUGUCAUUUGAGAUUGUAACAAGAUGUGUUUGUGGAUCCGAAGACAGGUUACAUAUCAUCCAUGUUAUCGUGGGAUAGAUAGUGUCCUUUUCCGGAUAUAGUAUUUAGCUCGUACAAGGCAUCCAAUUGAUCGUUCGUCGCCGAUGAGUUGACAUGAUUUGUGCUCAUACUCGUUGCAGGAACUGUAUUAUAUGAAAGUUCCACAACACUUGCUCAACAAUUACCCGUGUUUCUCCAAUUCGUUUUCGUUAAUUGUUAACAACGAAAGUUGGAGAAUCCGGUAACAGACCAGCAAAUGUGAUGGAACCUGCAUUAGAUCUAAUUUUCAGACGACAUUAAUCAGGGGUCAGCACGAGGGAGUACAAUCCGUAGUAUGACACGCUAUCCGGAAGUAUCGUAUCGCACAGCAGUAACGGGGAAAGUAAAUUUCACCCUGUCAGACCUUUAGGUAGCACUAAACACCUGGAAAAUCAGUUUUUACCCAUAUCUUCUUAAUUCAUUAAUUCAAUAAAUGAAAUCUACUGUAAACGAUUUUAACAGGUUUUUUUAAUGAUGUAGGAAUUCACAAACUUAAUGUAUCCUUACAAGUUCUGCUAAGCGAAAUCAUUCAUGUAAUUAUCAUCAUGGGGAACCAACCUUUUAUCAUUAUAUUCCUAAAAUUAAAAAUAAACCACAACAAAGCGUGUAAAUUAUUUAUUUGACAAGAGGUAACUUACCAUAGCAGUAUUGUAUUUAAAAAUGAUGGAUAAUUGAUAUCCAAAGGCAAAUUACUCGAAAGGCUGAGAAAAUACAGCUUGCAUACUAGUAUUGCGAGAACAUCUGUAUUGAAUAAUAAAUGUACCUUUUUUUUUUAAAGUCUUAAUAUUUGGUCAACCUUUCAUUGAAAAACAAGUUUUUCGCCAGUAGCUUAUACUGAAGUAGAAAAGAAAAAUCAUUUGGAAAUCAUCAAUGUACAAGGUAUUUAAAGGUCUAAAAAAAAAAAAAAAAAAAAAAAAAAAAAAAAACAGAACAAAAAAGGUCCUGCAACCACAUAAUGAAGUCUCCACAAACAUACUAUUCUGUCAAGACGAGCAUUUGGUUCCAUGAAAAUUUGUUAGCAAUAGUUUAAUUUUCAUUGUUGUACAUGUACAUGUAUCAUUGUUUACUUAAUGUUUUACACGAAUCUCCAAAUGUAGAUUAGGCUUUUGUUUUCUGUAGUGUAGAAAGCAGUGUCAGGAUGUGUACACAUUUAUUUUAUUCUCUUUUUUAUGUUUUUUUUUUUUUCAUGGUUUUUUUUUUUUUUUUUUUUGGUUAGAUCUAUGUGUGUUUGUUUGUUUUUUUUUUUUUUUUUUUGUGGUGAUUUUUUUCAUGCUGUCAAUUGUCACAGAAAUAAAUUUGAAUGCAUGUGAA